AAAAUCAACUCAGAGGGAGGGAGAGAGGGGGGAGAAAACGCCCUGGAAACUUGGUUGAUCGAGAAGUAGGAGAACAGUGACAGAAUCUUAACAGACUGCAAAGUUGUGACUGGAAGAAGUGCUUUUUCUUGGGCUGGGGAUAAGGGGAGACGUUUUCAAGGAUGCUCAAGCUCGUGUGAGGCUUCUUGGGCGCUCAGACUGCGCACAGAAGUCGAGAAUACAAAAACCACAGCAACAAACUGAAGCCCUUGGCCUUACUUGAGCAAUACGAGGAAAACCAAGACAGUUUCCAUCACACCAGGGCUUAAACAGAGGAAAGCAAAAACAAGAUGGCUGAAGAAGAGGAAACCAGGGAGGUGCUCUUUCCAGAUUGGGAGGGCCCAGACAAAACUGGCUUGACCAUUGAACAGACAAGUGGAGGAGAAAUCUUUGUUAAAGAAGUGAAAGGAGAGUCACCAGCAGCACGUUCUGGAAAAGUAUAUGAAGGCGACCAGAUUGUAGGUGCAACUGUCUACUUUGAUAAUAUGAGCUCAGAAGAAACAGCUGAGCUAUUGAAGACAUUAAACCGCCACAAGGUUGGACUGAAACUACAAAAUAAAGGAGACAAAUCCCCAUACUGCUCACCCUUGAGCACACCAUGUCGUUCACCAAUGGGAACCCUGACAUGGGAAGGGAAGACCCGGUUUGGAGGUUCUAGUCCAGACAUCAUCCUUAGUGGAGAUGAUGAGGACUAUAAGAGAAUAUACACAAAAAAGAUUAAACCAAGGCUGAAGUCUGAAGACCUUGCAGAGGGAGUAGAUGUUCGCACAGAGCGGCAUAGCAGUACAAGCAGCGAUGGCAGCACAAUAACCACCAUCACCCGCCGCAUCACUACCUACACUGUGGAGAUGCCAAGUGGCAUAAGUGAGCAACUAGAAUUUUCAAACCCAGAGUUCAAGGGGCUAAGGCACGAAUCUGGAGAUGGCUCUCCUCGUAUCAGAAUCUCACAUGGCAGCCCCUCAGGUAAAGUGGGAGCAGAAGAGGGAGUUUUUGAGUCAAGCAAUGUCUCUUACACUGGGCCAGAAGUUAGCUCUACAGAGACACGCUGGGGUAGUCGGGGAGUUCAGACCACAACAAUUACAAGAGAGGGGGAAAGAGGUCCAGGUCUUAAGUUUAAAGGGCCCAACUUUGGGGUUACAGGCGAGGGAGGCUUUGAGAUCUCAAGAGAGAGUGGAGAGCAGGGAGAUGGCAGCAUUCAGGUAUUAGGAACAAGCAUGACACCAAGUGACAGCACAAACACUGGUAGUAGGCAUAUUACAAGAGGUGGGUUGGGAGGUGCAGAGGUAACCUCAGCUGAUGAAAAUGGAGGGACAAUUAGUCUGUCUUUACCAGGAAAAACAAUCCAGAUACAGGAGGGAAAUGUUGACACCAGUUUAGGUGAAAGGACAAAGAUGAAGGUAUCCGAAACAACCAUCAGUCACCCGCAGGCAAAGGGGUCAAGCAGAUUUGAUAUGCCAAAUGUCAGAUUUGGUGGCGGUUCCAGAGGUAUUGAUACUGAAUCGAGUGGUGGCAGGAUAGGAGGAUCUGUAAUAACAGAAGGCAAUGUUACCUCAGGAUAUUCCUCAGUGCCAGGCAAGAUUUCAGUGACAGGUCUGGAUGUCAACCUUACAGGUUCAAGGUUGAAAGGUGAGGUUGAUGCCAACCUGCCAAGCAGAAAGGGAGGAAUGCAAGCAUCUGCAAUAGACGUUUCAGGCAAAGGAAAUGAGGGCACUGUGAGUGGCAUAAAAAUGUCAACAAUCAAGAUGCCUGCAAUUGGAAUUAGGGAAGAGGGAACUAGUGUUGAAGUUAAACUCAGUGGUGAUGCAGAUAUAUCAGUACCUAUGAUUCAAAAAGAGGUUAAAAAACCAGAACUAGACAUCAAAGGGACAGAUAUGCAGCCAGUUGUCAAUGUUAGACUUACAGAAGCUGCCAGUGACUUAAAAGCACCUGAAAUCACCUCUAGCAUUCACACCAAAGUACCAAGGAGUGAGGGAAAUCUUGAUGUAACUGUGCCAAAGACUGAGGGAAAAAUAAAGGAACCUAAAGUACACAUUAAAGGUCCAGCUAUAAACAUUGAGGGGAAAGAAGGGGAUUUCAAAAUGUCUCAGAUAAAGACACCAUCAUUUGGGGCCAAGGGACAAAAUGUUGAUGUAAAAACUGAGAUUGAUAUUAAAGCACCAGAAGUUGAUGGUGGGGGUUCUAAUGUAAAAAUUGAUGGACUGAAAUUCAAGAUACCAUCCAAAACAGGACACACAAUGCCAGAAUUGGAUGUCAGUCUGAAAGGAAGCAAGGCAAAGGGAAAUGUCGAUUUUCCAAAGAUUGAGGGACACACAACAAAACCUGAAAUGGAGAUCAAAGGACCAGAGGUUGAAGGGCGUAAAGGUGUAUUUGAGAUGCCUGGAAUCAAAAUGGCAUCGUUUGGUUUUACAGGUCCUAAAGUGGUCAAGGGUCCUGAUGUGGAUCUCAACCUUCCCAAAGCCGACAUAGAUGUUAAAGCACCUAAUAUUGACAUCAAAGGGCCAGAAUUUGAUGUUGAAGGUCCUGACGCAAAACUCAAAGGACCCAAAUUUAAGCUGCCAUCCUUAUCAGGACCUACACUGCCAGAUUGGGAUAUGAGUCUGAAAGGGCCCAAAGUAAAGGGAGAUGUGGAUGUAUCAGUUCCAAAGAUUGAGGGAGACAUAAAAGCUCCCAAGGUCGAUAUUGAAGGACCAGAUGUUGACAUUGAGGGUCCCAAAGGAGGAUUUAAAAUGCCUAAGAUGAAAAUGCCAUCCUUUGGGAUGAAAGGUCCAAAUGUUGAAGGGCCAGAAGUUGAUGUCAGCCUUCCUAAAGGCGACAUUGAUAUUAAAGGCCCUGAGUUAGACAUCAAAGGACCAGGCAUUGACAUUGAGAGUCCGAGUGGUAAGAUCAAGGGACCAAAAUUCAAGAUGCCAACUAUCUCAGGACCAAACAUUUCCAUGCCAGACGUUGAUUUCAACCUGAAAGGUCCUAAACUUAAAGGUGACAUGGAUUUGUCUGCUCCUAAAAUAGAGGGAGAUUUAAAAGCACCUGAAAUUGACAUCAGAAGUCCCCAGGUUGAUAUUGAAGGGCCAAAAGGUGGAUUUGACAUGCCCAAUAUCAAAAUACCAUCAUUGAACAUCAAAGGUCCAAACAUAAGGGGUCCUGACGUUGAUUUAAACUUGCCCAAAGCAAACAUUGAUGUGAAAGCACCUGAUGUUGACAUCAAAUGUCCAGAAAUUGAUAUUGAAGGUCCAAAAGGUGGAUUCGACAUGCCUAAAAUCAAAGUGCCAUCCUUUGGCUUCAAAGGUCCAAAAGUGGAAGGACCAGAUGUUGAUAUAAACCUUCCCAAAGCAAACAUUGAUGUAAAAGCACCUGAUCUAGAUAUCGGUGUAAAAGGGCCUAAAGUCAAAGGAAAGAUGAGUGCAUCAAUGCCCAAAUUAGAAGGAGACAUCAAAGGUGCAAAUGCUAACAUUGCAGCACCCACCAUCACUAUGGAAGGUGUGUCCAUUGAUCCUGUAAAGACAGGUGUUACAUUUCCCAAGUUCAGAGGUCCUAAGUUUGGAAUGAAAUCCCCUGAAGUGGAGGGUCCUGAUUCCACGUUUAAAGCACCCAAGUUCAGUGUGGGAGCAAAGGGUUCUAAAUCAGAAGUUAGUCUCCCAGAUACUGAAGCAAGCCUUGAUGCCCCUGAUAUUGAUAUACAUGUAAAGGGCAAAAAGGGUAAAUUUAAACUUCCUAAAGUGAAAGGAAAGGCAAAGAAACCUGAUGCUGACUUCGAAACACCAGCAGUGAACUUGGAUGUAGACACACCCAAUAUCCAUAUCAAAGGAACAAAGGCAAAGAAGCAUCUUUUUGGUAAGCUUCAUUUUCCUGAUGUGGAGCUGGAUAUCAAAUCACCAAAACUGAAAGGUGAUGGAUCUUUAUCAGAGGGAUUAAAAUCACCUGAUCUAGAUUUGUCAUCUGGUAGCUUAAAGAGCACUAUUGACAGGCCAAAUGUUAGCUUGGAAGGGCCAGAUGUGAAAUUAAAGACUCCUAAUAUUAAAAUGCCAAAUGUGAACCUGUCUGCUCCUGAUAUUGAUGCAAAUCUAAACAGACAAGGAGAGGCAACCAUGUCUGCAGGUUUUAAAGGCCAGAAAGUAAAUGUGAAAGGUGGUGCAGAGAUUGAUGCAAGUGUUUCAGCAGGCAGUGUAAGUGGUGGCCUUCAUUACCCAGAGGGUACUUUAACAUUUCCCAAACUGAAGGUCCCAAAAUUUGGUAUUGCUCUGCCUCUGUUGGAGGGACAGCAAGGUGGAGGAAAUGUUGAAUCAGACCUUGCAGCUAGUGGAGGCAUAAACAUGCAGUCUCCAUCUGUUAGUUGCCAAGUCAGUUCACAAAACAUUGAGGUUCCCAGUCCAGAACUGAGGCACAGUGAAGGCAAAGUAAAAGUAAAGAUGCCAAAAUUGUUUGGCAAAUCAAAACCAAAGGGCAGUGUAGGUGAUCUUCAGGGGUCAGAGGUAGAACUGAGCGCAAGUGGAAAAGACCUAAGUGUACAUACUGGGAAACAGAUGGGUGGGAAAUUAGAAUUAGAAGGUGACUCUGGACUCAGUGUGUCAACAAAAGGCAAGUCAGCCUCACUGGAUCUAUUUAAGAAAUCAAGGCAUCGGUCCUCCUCUCUGAGUGAUGAGGGGGGGCUUGCAGUUAGUUCUCCUUCCACUCACUUGGAAGCUGAGGGUGGUGACAUUUCAUUAGACCUAGGAGGAAGCAAGGCCAAGGGAAAGAAAGGCAAGUUAAAGUUUGGUACCUUCGGAGGUUUUGGUUCAAAGUCAAAGGGCUCAUAUGAAGUGACACUUGGUGAAGACAGUGAAGCAGGAGUGGAGGGAAGUGCGGCAGGUGUUUCUGUACACUCUAAAAAAUCAAGAUUGUCUUCAUCUUCCAGCAGUGACAGUGGUUCAAGAAGUGGUUUCAGGUUCCCAAGACUUGAACUAUCUGUUUCCCCGAAAAAAUGAUUAAUUAUGAGACAAAUUAAACUCUCUCAUGUACACCCAAAUACCCUCUACUAAUAAGGCAAAAUCUUCAAACGUUCUUUAAAACCUAAGGGACGUACACAUCUCAUCUCAAUGUUCAAGUACGAGUAGUUCUUCAGUUUUGCAGUAAUUAGACAGGAGUGCAUGAGAAUGUUUAAAAUCCAUUCAAACUGUAAAUAAGAUUAAUUUGUAUUGUAAUAAUAAAUAUUGUUUUUGUAUAUAGUCCAGAUUUAUUGAACAUAUGCAACCUCACCAAAUUUUCACCAAUAGUUUAUUAGAGGGUUUGUCAAUGUGUCCUAUCUCAUUCUAUUAAAUGAAUGUUGUUAAUGAAUGGGUGUGGUAUAUUUGUAUCCAGGGGUCUAUUGCACAGAACAGAUAGUUACAAUAGUUAUGUUGAAGGAAAAUGUUGUUUAUACACACAAACGUAAACAGUUAACAGUUUAUAUAUGACAUUAUUUUAUUUUCAAGCUUUGAUAUUUUAUAAUCAGUGCAAGAUUUUGUGGUGGUGUUGUAUAUACCAUAAUUGCAAUCACUGUUUCGAAACUAUCAGCUCUCUAAACAGCUGUCAGUACUUUUUUGUUAAUUUUUUUUACUGACACUCAAAUUCUGGGCAAUUUACCAAAAAUAUGCAUCUCCUUCAUUUGUUUUAAACAUGUUUUGCCUCCUAAUCCUGUAUCAUUUUCAUACUUACCUGUUUUAUGAUCCUCUGUAUUUUUCAUUUGCUGUCACUCUGUUUGUACACACACCUUAUGAUUACAUAAACAAAAAAAUCACAACAAACAGUCACUUUUUGAUCAUUUCAUUUGUUUGCAAACAAAAUCUGUGUUAAUAGAAAUUUAAUGGAGAUAAAGCAUGAUUCAUGGUCUAUUCUUUUGUGUGCAUUCUGCAGAAUAAACUAAAUAAAAACAUUUAUAGAAUUUA